UGGAUAAACAACUGCGUCGGUCAUCGAAAUCAUGCGCUUUUUGUUAGAUUUCUCGUAUCUGCAGUAAUUGGAUGUAUUCAUGCGUUGGUGAUCCUCACUGCGGCUUUCUAUCAUGCUAUUCAUUUCAACUAUUAUUAUCGAUACGGUGAUGGUAGUGAGCCUAUGAUACUUUUAACUUUUUGGUCUUUAAUUGCAAUGGUAAUUGCCAGUGCAUUCGCAUUUGGCGUUGUUGUUGGCGUUGGUGGCCUUCUCUAUCUUCAGCUCAAGUAUAUUAAAAACAACAAGACCGGUAUAGAGGAAUAUAUAGAACAAAAAGCUGUCUCCUAUCGUAAGGAAGAAGAUUGCGAUUGGGAGGACUUUAUUUACCCAUACGAUCUUGGAUGGAAGCAACAACAGGCAAUGGUGUCUGGUGGCCUGUACGAAAAGAAUGUGACCACGCGAACAACUGCGACAAAAGAGGCACUGAAGAGGUACUUGUCGCGAAUUGUGGUCGUGGAGAAGAGUUUUCGAGGAGGCGUCUUUGGUUCGAUGUGCCUUGGUUGUCGAAUGUUUAUUUGCCAGCCCAUCAGCGAAGAACCUCGUCUAAAGAUCUCCGUGAAUGAGGAGUACGUGGUUACGCGUGGUCAACGCGGAUGGCUCUACGGAUACAAGGUCGACGACGAAAAGCUGAAGGGAUGGUUUCCGCGAGUGUGCAUUCGUUUUACCGAUAAGUAUCCAUUUCAAAUGGAAGCAAAACAAUCCAACGAUUCAACGACUAGUAGUAGCUCAACUUCG